AUGUGGAAUGACGAUUUCCAAAAAACCUUCGAAGCCUUUACAGAUAGUAGAGACGCAUUUGAAGCCAUUUUUGCUCUACUCACUUAUGGAAUUGUGCUCUUCCCAAACAUUGAUAACUUUAUGGAUGUUAAUGUUGUGCGAAUGUUCUUAAAUGGUAACCCAAUACCCAUAUUACUUGGAGAUACCUAUCAUUUUAUCCAUCACAGGACUAAGAAAGGUGGUGGAACCAUUCUUUGUUGUGCACCACUCCUAUAUAAGUGGUUUAUUUCUCACUUACCCAGAUCCAGGCUCUUUAGGGAGAAUCCACAUAAGCUCAGACGGUCUCAGAGGUUCAUGUCCAUUGAUCAAGAGAAUAUACAUUUGUAUGACCCCUUCUAUGAUGUUGGAGUAAUUAUUGAUAGUUGUGGUGAAUUUCCUAAUGUACCUCUCCUUGGUGUACAUAUGGGAUUUAACUACAACCCCCUCAUUGCCAGGCACCAGUUAGGAUAUCAUAUGGUAGAUAAACCUGAUAACCUUUUGUUGUCAGGUUUCUCUUACCUCAAUGAAGAAGAGAGUUCCGGUUUGAAGGAUAGAAUCAUACAUGCUUGGCGCAAUAUUCACAAGAAAGGAAAAGGCCGAUUAGGAAGAAAUGAUUGUGUUACUUUUGAGCCCUACACCCAAUGGGUUUAUGCUAGAGCCAAUGAACUUAAGAUGCCCUAUGCUCCUGAGAAGCCCUCAUUCCCUUAUGCUAUAACAUCAUCAUCCACCAUUCCUAUUAAGAAUAAGGAAGAGUUUUAA